AUGGCUGUCGCUCCACGAGGGCUCACUAGUGAGCUCAAUGCACUCGCCAAUGCUACUGUCCAGGAGUUAUCGCCCUAUGCCCACGGACUUUCGGGCGUAGACCAGACUGCAAAUUACCUUUUCGCCGCCGUCCUCUGUGUGUCUCUCGGCGGAUUGUGCGUGCUAACUUUAUUGUUCCGAUGGGCCAACAUGGGUAACGCGCACAUCCGACAUCUUCUUACCAUGAGCAACCCGAAUAGGCAAGUCUAUUGGGCCCGAAAUCACACUUCAAUAUGGCCUAAAAUCAAGAAACACCUACUCUACGCCCCACUGGGUCGCAACCGCCACAACAAGGAGAUCCAGCUUUCAUCGGCAAUCAGCAUUGGAACCCUCCCGUCACGCUUCCACACUCUUCUACUGACAGUCUACUUGUUUUCUAACAUUGCCUACUGCCUGGUCCUGCACUGGGGCACUGAAGAUCGUGCAGCCGUCAUCGCUGAACUUCGCGGUCGCAGUGGUGAGCUCGCUGCGCUGAACAUCAUCCCAACCAUGCUUUUCGCCAUGCGCAACAACCCCUUAAUCCCUCUGCUCAGAGUUUCCUACGAUACAUUCAACCUGCUCCACAGAUGGUGUGCUAGAGUAUGCGCAAUCGAGAGCAUUGUUCACACCAUGUGUUAUCUCGUCAAUGUCAUCGAUUCCGUCGGCUACGAUGGACUCAAGGAAAAUCUGACCAUUCCAAGUUACGCAUGGGGCAUGGUCGGCACUUGCACCUUCAUUGCCAUCAUCCUCCAGGCUUUCUCACCUUUGCGUCACGCUUUCUACGAAACCUUUCUCAACUUGCACCGUGUUCUGGUCAUGCUAGGUCUGAUUGGCAUUCAUCUGCAUCUCGAAAAGCACCAUCUUCCUCAGACGCCUUACAUCAAGUUCGUCAUCAUACUAUGGGGACUAGAAUGGUUCACACGUUUCCUACGUGUUGCCUACUACAAUUUCAGCUUGAAGUCCGGCAUGUCUAGAGCCCAGGUCGAAGCGCUUCCUGGUGAGGCAUGUCGUGUCACCUUCGAGCUUCCCAGGUCCUGGAAUUACGUUCCUGGAUCGCAUGUCCAUGUAUACUUUCCAACGGUCGGCAUGUGGGCAUCGCAUCCUUUCUCGGUCGCUUGGGCAGAAACCAAACCGAGAAGCGCACCGCUUGAGAUUGAGAUGGAAAAGUUGCCAUCCUGGAAUAUGCCCAAGCAUCAAUCUGUCAUUUCGCAUUACAAGACGCAAAUUUCAGACAGUGAUGGACCUGAAGUCACGCAUGUGAGUCUGGUCAUCCGUGCCAGAUCGGGUAUGACGCGCAAAUUGUACGAGAAGGCAUGCGCGUCACCCAGUGGAAUAAUCACUCUUCCUGGUGCUAUGGAAGGGCCGUAUGGUGGACACGAAAAACUAGCAUCUUACGGCACAGCAGUAUUGUUCGCUGGAGGUGUUGGCAUUACACAUUGCGUCGGAUAUGUGCAUCGCCUAUUGACACAAUACUCUCAAGGGACGUGCUCGACACGUCGAAUCCUCCUCGUUUGGUCGGUGCCCACUACCGAAGCGCUCGAAUGGGCACGACCAUGGAUGGAUCAGAUUCUCAAGAUGGAGGGACGCAAGGAGGUGCUACGUGUGCAGCUCUUCGUCACCAAGCCUCGAAAUCAAAACGAAGUCAACAGUCGAACAGGCACAGUGCAGAUGUUCCCUGGGCGCUGCAACCCUUCGACGGUGCUGGAAAAAGAAGCAGCGGAACAAGUUGGAGCGAUGGGCGUUGUCGUCUGCGGGCCUGGGGCAUUUGCAGACAGCGUACGAGCGGCAGUGCGGAAAAAGGUCGAUGUCAGCAACAUUACGUUCCACGAAGAGGCCUUCACGUAUUGA